AUGAUCUCUUUCAACCUACUCCUCGCGCUUUGCGCGCCAACUUUAUCAUUGGCAACACCCCUCUCCAAGAACUGCAAGGCGUUCCCUGGCACUUCAGCAUGGCCGUCAAACAAUGAGUGGUCUCGGCUUAACAAGACCAUUGAUGGUAGGCUCAUCAGGCCAAACCCUCCUGGAGGUGUUUGCCACGACGGGCAGCCAAACUACAACAAAGAUCAAUGUCCCAACGUUCAACAAGAUUGGAGGACCUUUGAGUUCCAUGCACAAGAUCCAGUCUCUGUCAUGUGGGAUCUCUGGGCGAAUUACACUUGUCUCCCCUUUGAAGACUUUCCUUGCACUGGUGCAGGCUAUCCGUCUUAUGUGGCCGAAGCGGCUACGGCGAAGCAUGUCAAGGCUGCUGUGGACUUUGCCCGGAAGCGAAACGUCCGCCUUGUUGUAAGGAGCAGCGGACAUGACUAUCUUGGGCGCUCAGUUGGGUCAGGUGCUCUCUCCAUCUGGACACACCACCUCAACAAGAUCCAGUACCACAAAGGUCAGUUCAAGCUCUCUGGAUCAGGCAAGACCAUACGCGGUGAUGCCAUCACUGCCGGAGCUGGAACAGCGAUGCUUGAUCUUUACAAUGUUGCUGCCGAAAAUGGUCGCACUGUUGUAGGCGGCGGAGCCAAGACCGUGGGGCUGGGUGGCUACGUGACGGGAGGUGGGCAUUCGAUCCUAGCCCCUCACUACGGCCUGGCAGCAGAUAAUGUCCUGGAGAUGGAGGUUGUUACACCUAACGGUGAAAUCAUCACGGUGAAUGAAGACCAGCACUCAGACUUGUUCUGGGCGAUACGUGGUGGAGGAGGAUCUACCUUUGGAGUUCUUACCUCUGUCACUGUCAUGACGCACCCUUCCAAGAAGCUCACCAUGGUCUCCUUUAUGGCUUUUACUCUCCCUCAAGCACCGUUUGCUUUAGAUCUCGUCACCUGGGCUACUUCUCAAAUCCCUUACCUCUCUGACUCCGGCCUGUCCGGCUAUCUGAUGGCCACUGUGGACUCGCCACCACCCGUACCAAUCCCUGGUCUUCCUGAGAGAGUCGCCGGUCUGAUGGGUAAAACCAUCAUACUUGAUACCCAGGAUACAGCAAAGAUCAACAAGAUCUUUAAACCUCUGAACGAGACUAUCCAGAAGCGUUGGCCUGGACAGGUCACUCUUCUUGUUCUCACUCAACCAUACGACUCAUUCGCAGAUUGGUACAGCGAGAAUUUUGAUGAUGGUCAAGCUGGCGGCUCUGUGUAUCUCAUCUCACGGCUGCUAGACAAGGAUACACUGACCAAGGAUCUGGAUGCGCUGGCUGAUGCGCUCAAACCAAUCCUCAUCAAUGAUGGUUGGCUGGGAACGUACAUGGUAGCUGGAAAGGGAGUCAACAAGGCAAAGCCCCGUGGAGGAGGAAAUGCCGUCCAUCCGGCAUGGCGAAAAGCCUACAUUCAUGCUAUCCACUGGCUGGGAUGGGGAUACCCUCCUUUCGAUGAAACAGCCGAAGGAAGGACCAGAAAGAUUCUAAACGACAGAUUCCAGGCACUCCGUGAACUAACUCCUGGCGGUGGUUCGUAUAUGAAUGAGGGAUUCCCAUUCGAAGAGGACUGGCAGCAUACCUUCUGGGGCGAAAAUUACGAGCGCCUCCUCAAGAUUAAGCGCAAGGUCGAUCCGAGGGAUGUCCUAUGGUGCACACCCUGCGUAGGAAGCGAAGGCUGGGAGGAGAAGAGCGACGGUCGCCUUUGCAGGGUUUAG